UAGCAUGGUAGCAAGUAGUUAUGCUAACUAGCGAAAAGUAUUCAGGUGACAUGUCCGUGAACUAGUCAGCAUAAAGUUAAGAGAGUUGUAGUUUGUGAACCCCCCAGUCAGGAUGUUUUCAUCUGUCUGGAAUUUUGUUAAACGCCACAAGAGGAAGUUUAUUUUCACCGGAGCUGUAGUUGGAGGUAACUGGUGUUCCUGUUAGCAUCUGAGCUAAGCUAGCUAGUAGCUUUAGCAACACGCCGGACUGCACUGAAAAUAUGUUCUAAUUUGACGUUAGAUCUCGUGCGUUUUAAAUCUAUGUAUUUAAGGAGGUUUCUAAUAUUCGAGCAGUAUGUCUUUUCACUUCGGCGUAUAUAUUUUCCAUCAAAUAGCACAAUUUUAGACAUAAAUGUGCUGUUCUUAGACAACCAACCAGGUGUUAACGUUAACUUAACUCAGCGACACCUCUUUAAAUUGCCACAAAUUUGAAUGGAGUCUGGCGUGACGUUUAUAUGAGCUCAUCAUUAAGCUCCUUUAACGUGAGGACGACACCUGCCAGGAGUGUACUUCCUGGGUAAAUAUGCCCAGAAGAAGAUCGGUGAGUUCCAGGAGAAGGAGGCGACGGAGUACAUCGCUCAGGCCAGACGGCAGUUCCACUUCGAAAGCAACCAGAGGACCUGCAACAUGACCGUGCUGUCGAUGCUCCCUCCACUGAAAGAAGCCAUCGUCCAUCAUCUGAACUCAGAGAGCCUCACUGCACUCCUCAAGGACAAACCCGACAACAAGCUGGAAAUCUGGGAAGAUUUAAAGAUCAUCAGUUUCACCCGCACCAUGGUGGCCGUGUACAGCACCUGCAUGCUGGUGGUUCUACUGAGAGUCCAGCUGAACAUCAUCGGAGGGUACCUGUACCUGGACAACUCUGUGGGCAAGAGCACCGCGACUCCUCUGGCUCCUCCAGAUGUCCAGCAGCAGUACCUGUCCAGUAUCCAACAUCUACUGGGAGAUGGUUUGACGGAGUUGACGACGGUAGUGAAGAAAUCGGUGCAGAACUCUCUGGGAGGCGUGUCCCUGAAGCAGAGCCUGUCUCUGCUGGAGCUGGAGCAGCAGCUGAGCUGGAUCCGGGCCGAGGUGGAGGCCGGAUCGGAGCGCCCGAUGUCCUGGUACAUGCUGGCCGACGACGAGAAUGCGCUCGCCGACCAGGCGUGCGGACUCACAGAAAACGAUAUCGUGACCAUCAGACUGUUGAACGAGACUAGAGACAUGUUGGACAGUCCAGACUUCACCUCCGUCCUCAACGCCAGUUUAAACCGCGGCUUCUCUCGUCUUCUCGACAACCUGGCCGAGUUCUUCCGCCCGCCUCCCGGUGACUCCGCCUCCAGCUUCGCACCUGAUAGUCUGUCUGCAGUCAGUCUGCCGCUGGCCAAGAUCAUCCCCAUCGUCAACGGUCAGAUCAACUACGUCUGCAGCGAGACUCCGAGCCACUUCGUUCAGGACUUGCUGAUGAACGACCAGGUGAAAGAGUUUGCGGCCAACGUCUAUGAGACGUUCAGCGCUCCACAGGAGCUGCAGAAAUAAUGCAACCACGCAUGAAGGAGAAGGAGGAGGAGGAGGAGGAGGAGGAGGAUUGAAGAGGAGGAGGAGGAGGAGGAGGAGGAGGAGGAUUGAAGAGGAAGAAAAGAGGGAUGAAAACAGAAAUUAUGAAAACCCUGAACUGUUCAUCCCUCCUUCCUUUCUGUGAGACACUUCUCUCCUCAGAACCCGCCGGCCUUUUCACUCUGACGGCAGAAAUCAGAGUCCGUUAUGGAUUAUUAACCCGGAGGAGGAGGAAGAAGAAGCAGCAGAGACUUGCACUGUUGUCACAGCAGAGCCUGUGGUUAACCCUCGGACCACUGCACCACCAGUGGUGAGUUUUAAUAUCAGGACGGUUGUUACACGGUGGUGGUGUUUUCUGCUAAAAUUCAGUUUUAGUUCAAUUUUUAAAUUAGAAAGAAAGUUCAAUUAAAUUGUUCUUGUCACGAUGGAGAGAAUCCACAGCAGCUUGUAGGUGAAUUUUUGGGAGAUUCCAUCUUUUAAAGACACGUUUAAAGAGUCAGAAGCUGAUCAGAAUGUCGUAGUGGCGUUGAUUGAUUCCAAAUGAAAUAUGUGGUCAAAGCGGUGAAUGUGAAGUUUCUCUUUUUCCAUCCACCAAACAACACACAGCAGUUCACCUCUGUUGAUGCAGAGUUAUCAAUGAGCUGAUUUCAGUCCUUCCUCAGUGUUUUGUUGAAUAUUGUAGUUCCUCUUUCUGCCCAGCAGGUGUCUGCGUUGUCCUCCUCUGUCUCCACAUGAUGGGCUUCAUUCCAAACAUGUUUUUACGUUAAGUCAAAUUUUAUAUAUUUGUGAUUCUGUCCUUGAUGGCGCUGUUAUUACAGGCUGGUUUACAGCCUAAGAGUACUCCUAACAUCCAACGUUUUACAUUAACAGACACAAUUAUUUAGUGUUUUUCUCACUGUGGGAGAUAAUAUUGUUUGGGAAUGAAAUCCUUCAGUGUGCUUCCACCGCUGCUUUCGUUGUUCACUGGAUCUGUACGGAUGUCACUUCUUUAAGAACUGAAAUGGUUCGACAGUAAGACUGUUAUCCAAAGCCAGAGGUGAUCUGGGAACACUUGGUUAACGGUGGAAAGCCUGUUGGCUCUUAGUGCCGCAUGUUCUCAAAACUCUCCCCACGUCUGAUUAGUUAAUGUAACGAAACCGUGUGUGUGUGUGUGUGUGUGUGUGUGUGUGUGUGUGUGUG